UCUUGUAAAUGAUUGGAUUUCAUGAGCCGAUACGUCGCAUAUCAGACGGGUUCAGCUGAUGAUCGGACUCCAGCACGGCCCUGGCGAGGCGUGACAGUGAUGCCCCUGCACAUGUGUGAGGAGGAGCUCGUCUUCAGUUACUCUCCCGGCACUGGUUUAUUUUUGGAUGUCCAGCUUCUGGAAUGCUCCGUGGCUGCUCUUUCCUCCCCUCACACUCUCGCUCGCUGUUCCCCGACAGAGCAGUGUGCAGUCACACCCCGGGCGUCGCGCUCGUCCUCGUCGUGGUGGUUCUCGCCGUCCCUCUGAGCGAUGGAGGACAGUCCGUUACAGGUGCUGCAUCUCGAAACUGCUCCAUAUCCUGACCAGAGGCCCAGUACCGGCAUCCUGAGGAAGAGCGUCCGUGUCUUCCAGUGUAAAAGGAACUACCUGCAAAACUUCAUCCAGAGUAUCUUCUCUUCCAUCGACCUGCGAGACCGCCAAGGAUCCACCAUGGUGGUAGGAGGAGACGGACGCUACUUCAACACCGACGCCAUCCAGGUCAUAGUGCAGAUAGCAGCGGCCAACGGGGUAGGACGACUGGUGAUUGGUCAGAAGGGCCUGAUGUCCACCCCGGCUGUGUCGUGCGUAAUCAGGAAGUUCAAAGCCAUCGGUGGGUUUGUGCUCACCGCCAGCCACCACCCUGGAGGACCAGACGGAGAGUUCGGCAUCAAAUAUAACAUCGUUAACGGAGGACCUGCACCAGCCGCCGUGACCGAUAAAAUCUUCCAGAUAAGUAGGAGUAUAGAGGAGUUCGCCAUCUGCCCCGAACUUAGCGUCCAUCUCACCACCCUCGGCAGGCAGAGCUUCGACCUGGAGAACAAAUUCAAACCCUUUACAGUGGACAUCGUGGACCCCGUGGAAUCCUACGCCAACAUGCUGAGGAACAUUUUCGACUUUGCGGCUCUGAAAGAGCUCCUGUCAGGCCAGAACCACAUACGGAUCCGGUUAGACGCCAUGCACGGAGUGCUUGGCCCGUACGUGAAGAGAAUCCUGUGUGAAGAACUAGGUUCUCCUGCCAACUCGGCUAUUAACUGCGUCCCUCAGGAGGACUUCGGUGGUCGUGUUCCAGAUCCGAACCUGACCCAUGCUGCAGAUCUGCUCGAGGCCAUGAGGAGCGGACAGUUUGACUUCGGAGCCGCGUUCGAUGCUGACGGUGACCGCAACAUGAUUUUAGGGAAGAAUGGAUUUUUUGUGAGUCCCUCGGAUUCGGUUGCUGUUAUCGCAGCAAACAUCUUCUGCAUCCCGUAUUUCCAGCACAUGGGAGUGAGAGGCUUCGGCAGGACGAUGUCCAGCAGCGGAGCCCUCGACAACGUUGCUAAAGCGACUAAGAUUCAGCUGUAUGAAACUCCAACUGGUUGGAAGUUCUUCGGAAAGCUGAUGGACGCCGGUCGCCUUUCUCUGUGUGGAGAGGAGAACUUUGGGACCGGUGCAGAUCAUAUCCGUGAGAAGGACGGGCUUUGGGCGGUGCUCGCCUGGCUCUCCAUUCUUGCUUUCAGGAAACAGAGUGUUGAAGAAGUCAUGAUCGAUCACUGGAAAACCUACGGCAGGAACUUCUACACCAGAUACGAUUACGAGGACGUGGAGAUAGACAUAGCGGUGGACCUCAUGCUGGACCUCGAGGUGAUCAUCUCAGACAAGGCGUUCGUCGGCCAGAGGUUCACUGUGGGACAGAAAACCUACGAGGUGGAAAAAGCAGAUAACUUUGAGUACAGCGACCCUGUAGACGGAAGCGUCACAAGGAACCAGGGUCUGAGGGUUUUAUUUAAAGGAGGCUCUCGCAUCAUGUUUCGUCUGAGUGGCACCGCCUCGGGGGCCACCAUACACCUGUACGUCGACCUCUACGAGCAGGACGACAAGGAGAUUCUACAGAAUCCACAGCUGAAGUUGGCGGAUCUUCUGAACAUCGCGCUGAAGUUAUCUCAGCUGUGUGAGAGGACGGGAAGAACCGCUCCGACUCUCAUUACAUGAUUUAUACAUUUGCCAAGGGGUUUUUUGUCUUCAUUUUUGUUUUGUUUUUUGUAAAUAAAUUUCACUUUUGGAAUAAAAAAAAGAAAGGUUGUAAUAACGUCUUGUCCCGUGAACUCACCUGCUGGAGAUCUGGAGUUUUUAUUCGAAAUUCUCACCUGGAAUCUGGUUUCGUUUUGGAAGUCAAGUCCUUCUCCUGAGGAAACCUGUGCAGUUCUUAUAAACUUUAUAUACAUUUUUUUGUUUUGCAAGUUUUUGUGCUUUUUAGUUUUCCAGCUAAAUCCGUCUUCAGAACUCCAGGAUGAAGCUGCUGAGAUUCCCUCAGGCAAGUCCUCGUUACCAGCGAAGAGUCAGAAAGUGUUCUGAUGUCUGGAUUAGUUUUUGACCAUAAUCAUUAGUGCUGCACGAUUAAUCGUAUCUCGGUCACCAUGUCGGCUUAAUAAAUAAAUAAGUGCACGUGUGAACACACACUUUCUCAGAGCAGUUUGUAGAUUUUCUGCGCCACAAACACACACCAGAUAGUCUCUGAUUGGGCAGUGCACGUGUGGCGUGUGUGGUCACGUGCGUUGUGGAGACCAGGUGAAGGUGGACGCCGAGCAGAUCGACACUGAACCGGUGUCCAAAAACCCCUACUGCUGUUAGAUGGUGAUAUUUGAGCUUUAAGAUCACCGACACUGAGCAGAGGAACUGUGUAACAUUCACUCAAUUACAGUUCUACAUCACGUGAUCAACCUGUAACAUCUCACCGGUUCCACGUGGAGGAGAGACGACAGGCGACGGAGGAG